AUGGCGGACCCACCCGCGGGUGCUCCCGAGGCCCUUGGGAACAUGACCACACUGGGGAACGACGCGCUGGAAAACUCUGAAUCAACGACCACGCGCAAGACGCGGAGACAAGCACGCGCAGACAACCACCAGGACCAGGCGAACUCACUAAUCAUCGAACCAAGCACCGCAGGUACCAACACACCCCGGGUGACCACCAAGGAAAUCCGGCAGAUCAUCGAACACCUGCAACAUACCAUUGAGAAGCAAACCACGUUGAUCCAGGCCACCAGAACCGAGCUGAGAGAAGUGAAACACAAUCAGAGAGAACUACAAACUCAGAAUGAGAAACUACAAGACGAGAUCCAAACGCUCCGAACUCAAAUCGAAGGGCUCGACGCACCGAAUCCAACGCGAUCGUGGGCCGCCGUAGCAGCAGACACGAACAACUGCGAACCAAGCAAGAACCGACGCACCGAAAAGGACAAGAACUGUAUCCGAAUCAGCACCCAACCGUUGCCAACUGACACAACCGGUAUAUACACCAAUACUAAUGAAUUUGGCCGUUACCUCCCCACGUCGUCUGCGAACAACCACAUCAGGACCGCCUUACUGAACGCACCAUCCACCCACGGGGUACAGGUAGCAGGGGUUGGAACCACCAAAACCGGAUAUGUGAUCCGUUUCAAAGACCCCGAGUCAGCUGAAACUGCCAGGAACAAUACAGAAUGGUUACAGGAGCUGGGCCAUGAGACAAGACUGGUAAAACCACGUUACGGGGUAGCCGUACACCAUGUCCCAACACAGGGGCUGGAUCUUGAGAAAGACAAAACAGGAGCCAUCCGGAAAAUUGCACAGGAAAAUGAUCUCCAGGAACGAAAAGACGCUGCUUCCGCUGUCAAGAGUUUGGUCACCUCGCAUGGUCGUGCAAGGAGACACCACGGUGCGGUCACUGUGGCGACCAACAUGAGCGAGCGCGAUGCCCUCCAGGCGUUAGACCACGCUGUCUGGACUACCCAAAACCUGGACAUACUCCUUAUCCAGGAACCAUCUACCACUAUGUAUCGAAGCCAUGUGAACCAUAGCGCAUGGAGACUACACCGACCAACAGUAACAAGCGAUUCUGUCAGAUUCAGGAGCCUUAUCUAUGUCAACCGGAGACUCUCUACGUCCUCCUACCGACAGGUGCACUGCGACCACCCUGAUGUAACAGCAAUCAAGAUCCGGACACCCGAACUACAGAUUCUGGUCUUCUCGGUGUACAUCGAACCUAUACCAAUGCAUAAUCCGGGAGAAGCGUCAGCAAGACGUGUACUAUCAGCCAUACAUGACACGAUACAUAGUACUCUACAAAAUACAAACAAGACCACUAGUCUCAUACUGUCAGGAGACUUCAAUCGUCACCACCCGGCUUGGGGUGGUAACCAUGUCCAAUCCCGUUUCAUCGAAGAUGCGAGCGAAUUGAUCAAUUUCUUCAACACCUACAGCCUUCGGAGCUGCCUCCCACGCGGCACGGCAACUUUCUGGUCACUAAGCCACCCCGGUAGAAACUCUACUAUCGAUCAGACAUUGACGGACCGUCCGGGGAUGCUUCUCAAAUGCCAUCUUUACCAUGAUAAUUACGGCUCCGACCACCGAGCAACCUACUCGGAAUGGAGCCUCCGAAUGCCGCGCAACCCCGACACCAAACCAAGGAAGGCGUACGAACGAGCCGACUGGGAAAAGAUCGGAUGGGAUAUAUGGGCAAGCAUGAGGCCCUGGGAGACGCCAGACACAAUUGAAACACUCGAUGCCACGGUGGAGAAACUUAUUCAAGCGACCGCGACGGCCAUUGACAAGGACAUCCCGAACCUACAACCGUCACCAUAUGCUAAGCGUUGGUUUACACCAGACCUCAAAACCCAACAAAAAGCAGUAAACCAAACACGGCGUAAAUGGCAAGAGAGCUGCGCAAGGGCAGGACGGGACGACCCCUACACUAAGCUACUCUCUGAGGAUAUGCGCCAAAAGCGCCGGACAUGGACACGGGCAAUUGAGAAAGCCAAAACCGCACAUUGGAAACAGUUUCUGGACAGAACAGGGGAAAGGAGGCUUUGGAAAGCGGCGACAUACAUGCGGCCACGCGAAUCCUGGAGCAGCGUUCCGGCUCUCAAAGCAGCGAAGAGCUCAACGGCGCCCGGAGAGGACGGGCUCCCGAUGCUGAUCUGGAAACGGCUGUGGAGACACCUUGGAAACCUCAUCACGCGAAUUUUCGCAGCAUCGAUUGACUUAGGGUACCACCCCCGAAAGUGGAGAAGCGCCCGGAUUGUGGUUCUACGUAAACCCGGGAAGUCGGAUUACUCGAUCCCGGGAGCGUACCGGCCGAUCUCACUGCUGAACACACUCGGCAAAUUACUUGAGGCGGUAAUGGCCCGGCGGCUGUCCUACCUCGCAGAGCACUACGGACUUCUCCCGGACACCCAGUUCGGCGGACGUCCGGGGCGAACAACCGAGCAGGCCCUGCUGGUGUUGACUAACGCAAUCGACCGGGCGUGGUAUGGACAGAGAGUAGUUACCUUGGUAGCCUUUGAUCUGAAGGGCGCUUUCAAUGGCGUGAACAAGACCAGUCUUGAUAUUCGUCUCCAAGCUAAAGGCAUUCCUAAGGUCGCUCGAAGGUGGAUUGCAAGCUUCAUGAGCGGUCGACAAGCCAGGAUUGGGUUCGAUGACUACUGCUCCGAGGUGAUACCGCUGGGAAAUGCCGGGCUGGCGCAAGGUUCCCCCUUAUCCCCUAUCCUCUUUGCGUUUUUCAACAGUGAUCUGGUGGACCAACCAGUCAACUUCCACGGGGGUGCAUCAGCCUUCAUCGACGACUACUUCCGUUGGCGGGUUGGUCGAUCUGCUGAAGAGAACUUGGCUAAACUCCAAUCCGAGGAUAUACCCCGGAUUGAAGCCUGGGCUCGGAAAACAGGAUCGAGCUUUGCUGCCGAAAAGACUGAACUCAUCCAUAUCACCAGGAAGAGAAGGGAACAAUGUCGAGGUCAAAUCACCAUAAACAGCAGCGUCAUCACUCCAUCCACAACUGCAAAGCUCCUCGGCGUCAUUUUUGACCAUGAACUACGGUGGAAGGAACAUGUGCAACAAGCUGUCAAGCGAGCUACCAAGGUCAACGUGGCGAUUGGGGGGCUGCGGCAGCUUCGGCCUGAACAGAUGCGACAGCUAUACGAAGCGUGUGUCACACCAGUUGUUCAAUAUGCGUCAACUGUGUGGCACGACCCACUGCGAGACAAAACACACCUGAGACAGUUACGCACCGUGCAGCGUACGGCACUUAUUCGCAUUCUCUCCGCCUUCCGAACGGUAGCCACAUCCACUCUCGAUGUCGAAGCUUAUAUGCUACCUACCCAUCUUCGCCUACGCCAGCGUGCUCAAACCACCAUCACUCAACUCCACACAUUACCACGGAAGCAUCCAAUCCGGGAAGUCCUGCUUCGGGCCCGGAGACGACGAGAUAAUGUCGGAUCACACGCCCGGUUCCCGCUCGCGGAGGCUCUGAAAACCAUGAACCUAGAAAGGCUCGACGACCUGGAAAUGAUUGAUCCAGCCCCACAACCACCGUGGCGGGCUGAAGCCUUUUCUAAAAUCGACAUUGCGACCAAUAGGGAAAUAGCGAUGGAGCAGGCGGAGGCAGCACGGUCCGAGUCGGACCUUGUGGUGUACUCCGACGCCUCGGGGCGUCAAGGCCACCUGGGUGCCGCAGCCGCAGUCCUCGAUGACGAAUCGGUAACGACUGAGAGCCUACAGAUACAGGUCGGACCCACGGACCAAUGGUCGGUGCAUGCCGCCGAACUAAUCGGUAUCCUUUAUGCGAUCAAUCUUAUCAAUAGAAUCGUGCUCCAACAGCGAAGAGCCGGCCAGAAACGAGCGAGAACAGUCACUAUUCUCAGCGACAGCACGUCAGCACUGCUGGCUAUUCAGAAACCCGGCAGUAAAUCAGGCCAACAAAUUAUCUAUGCGAUCCUUCAAGCAGCCAAGAAUACGAGAACGCACGGGGUUACAAUUCGAUUGCAGUGGGUUCCCGGACACAGCGAGAUCCUCGGUAACGACGCAGCCGAUCGGCUGGCCAAAGAAGCAGCUAUACCUGGCAAGACACACCCGUUUUCCCCCCUGCUCUCGCGUGAAAGAGCAUACAUCAGGCAAGGAAUCCUUACUCAAUGGGAGAAAGAAUGGAAAGAGUCCAGGGACGGCGGCCAUCUCCGGAAAAUCGACAACACACUGCCAGCAAAAUACACCAGACGACUCUACGGAGCUCUGCCAAGAAAUCGAGCAUACCUUCUGACCCAGAUACGGUCGGGACAUUGCUGGCUGUCCACGUACGGCAAGUUGUUCGGCUUCCGCGAUGAUGACCGGUGCCUCUGCGGUGGACGGGAAAGUAUAAUACACGUCCUUCUAGAUUGCCCGCUGCUCAGAGACCUACGUCGAGAGCUCCGGGCAAAGGUCGGCGAUGCGCUCAAUAGCAUGUCAGUCCUGCUGGGCGGAUCUGGAUCUUGCCAGGAGGGUGGAAGUAGAGUCAGCAACGCUUCGCGCACUAAGACAGUCGAGGCCGUCUUGGAUUUUGCGGAAGCAUCCCAGCGAUUUCGAAGCCGCGUGCCAUAA